AUGGGGGGCAAUGGUGGUGGUGGUGGUGGUGGAUCACCAUGUGGGGCAUGCAAGUUCUUGAGGAGGAAAUGUGUGAAAGGGUGUGUGUUUGCACCGUACUUUAAGUCAGACGACGGAGGUACGGCGGAGUUUGAGGCGGUGCACAGGGUGUUCGGAGCCAGGAACGCCGCCAAGCUCCUCCUGAUAACGCCGGCGAACAGGCGGCUAGACGCCGUCGUUUCACUGUGUUAUGAAGCUGUCUCUAGAGUCAAAGACCCUGUGUAUGGCUGUGUGGCCCAAGUCUUCAACCUCCAGCAACAGAUCGAUAAUUUACAGGCGGAGUUAGCAUACGUCCAAACUCGUGUUUCUAUCAUGAAACACAGUACUUCAUGUCAAUCAUCCAAAAACCAUUCACCGUCGUCAUUUGGUUCUACGGUGCCUUCGCUUGAAACACCAGGCUUUUCCAACGACGACUCUGCCUCGUUAGACGAGGCAUUGUUUAAAGACAUCGAUGGUCUUGAGAUGUUAGCUCGAGAGCUCUUGAACAAGUACCUGCCGGGGUCGAAGAUUUAG